GGGGAAGACUCGUCUAUCUCCGGGGACCACUAAUUGUUCUUUGAGGAAUCAAGGACCAUGGUGCUAAUGGCACUCCAUCUCCUGCUGCUGGUCUUAUGGGUUUGCAUAGUUGAUGGUGACCAGACCAAACCAACACAACCACCUCUGAUACCUCAUAAGCCUUUCGUUGUAGUCUGGAAUGCUCCCACUGAGUCAUGUCGGCUUCGAUUCAAGGUGGACUUGGACCUCAGCAUUUUUGAUAUUGUAGCAAACCUCAAUGAAACUCUAAGUGGACCAAAUGUCACCAUCUUCUACCACAGCCAUCUGGGAUACUACCCAUACUACUCGAACUCUGGGAUCCCAAUAAAUGGUGGCCUGCCGCAGAACCAAAGCAUCUCCAAACAUCUUGGAAAAGCCCGGUCUGACAUUGACAAGUUGAUCCCCCACAAAGAUUUCCGAGGCUUAGGCGUCAUUGACUGGGAGAACUGGAGGCCUCAGUGGGUCAGAAACUGGGGCUCUAAAGACAUCUACCGCAAAAGGUCCAGGGAACAGAUCCGAAAACUUCACCCAAAUUGGCCAGAGAGCAAAGUUGAAAAGGAAGCGAAGGAAGGCUUUGAGAGAGCUGGACAAGCUUUCAUGAACCUGACCUUGGCACUGGCUCAAGGUCGCAGACCAGGUGGGCUGUGGGGGUUUUAUCUGUUUCCAGACUGCUACAACUAUGGCUACAAACAACAUCCACAACAUUACACUGGGGAGUGUCCAAAUGUUGAACAUGUUCGCAAUGACCAUCUGAUAUGGCUCUGGAAGGAGAGCUCAGCCCUCUAUCCAUCCAUCUACCUAGACUAUGAGCUAAAGUCCUCCUCUAACACAGUCAAGUUUGUCCAUUAUCGAGUCAAGGAAGCCAUGAGGAUUGCAUCCAUUGCACGUACGGACUUCACAUUGCCUGUGUUUGUCUACUCCAGACCAUUCUAUGCCUACACCUUUGUAGUUCUGUCAGAGAGUGACCUGAUUCAUACUAUUGGGGAAAGCGCUGCCUUGGGAGCAUCAGGUGUUGUCCUUUGGGGAUCCUCAGAGUAUGCUCGAUCACAGAGAAACUGCCUAACGGUGAAGAAGUACAUCAAUGGUCCUCUGGGACAUUAUGUCAUCAAUGUCACAUCAGCAGCUAAGCUGUGCAGCAAAGCAUUGUGCAAAAAGAACGGUAGAUGCAUCCGUAAGAGCCUGGACUCAGACACUUACCUACACCUGAACUCACGCUUCUUCCACAUCCACCACAACUCAGCUCCCAGCGGCCCUCGCUUUCACAUCAGUGGCCACCUAAACAACCACGACAUCCUGGACAUGAAGCAAAAGUUUACCUGCCAGUGCUACCAGGGCUGGACAGGUGUUUACUGUGAGGUACCUCAGACUAUGCCACCUCUUCCUCUUCCUCCCCCACUUCAACCCACUGUGCCGGUACUUCGCCCUCAGGGGAUCAAUCUGCUGGGAGACAUCCUGCUCCUCCUGUCACUCCAUUUCUUCUGUCUAUGUGUUAUUAUAUUCCUGGGACUUUGUUUGAUUAUCAAGUCUCUUAUAUUAUAG